GUUUUGCUCAUUGGAGUUUAACUGGAAAGGUCAUGAGAAGGCUAUGGCGCUUUGGAGAGACCACCGUGUUGCUCUCCCACCAUUUUUGUGGCUCCAAAGUGCGGAGAUAGCGAGAGAGGUUGCUUUCUCCAUGGCAGCCUGAGCCUGCAACCAUGGUCGUCAGUGUUCUGAUGGUGGCAGAGAAGCCCUCUAUUGCACAAACAUUGGCGGAUGCUUUAGCACCGGGCAGAAAGUACAGUACGCGCGGUGGAGUAUCGCCUGCUUGCAAAGUUCAUGAGUGGCAGGGAGACUUCUAUGGCCAACGUGCUUGGUUCAAGGUGACCAGCUGUGCUGGUCAUGUCUACUCCAUCGACUUCCCGCCGGAGUACAACAAUUGGGACAGAGUUGAUCCUCUGACCCUUUUUGACGCACCCACGAGGAAGGUGGAGGCCAAUCCCAAACUGAGGAUGCCCAAGCAUUUUCAGACAGAGGCCAAAGGAUGCACCUACUUAGUUCUGUGGCUGGACUGUGAUCGCGAGGGCGAGAAUAUUUGCUACGAGGUCAUGGAGAAUGCCAUCCCAAACAUGUCCACUUGGCACGGCGAGCAACAAGUCUGGCGGGCGCAGUUUUCAUCCCUGGCGCCCGUCGAUCUCAAGUGGGCGAUGGCAAAUCUUGGAUCUCCAAACAAAGCGAUGUCCGACUCCGUGGAUGCACGGGCAGAAAUGGAUUUGAAGCUUGGCUGCGCUUUCACGCGCUUCCAGACCAAGUUCUUCCAAGGGAAGUAUGGAGACUUAGACACGAACCUUGUAUCUUACGGGCCUUGUCAAACUCCAACACUUUGGUUCUGCGUUCAAAGAAGCGACGAGAUCAAUACAUUCCAACCGAAAACCUACUACACAGUGGAUGUGACCCUGUCCAAAGCUGGCCGCGAAUUGGCACUUCAGUGGGACAGAGAGCAAACCUUUGACAUGGGCGCUUGCAAAAAAAGCAUGAGCCUGGUCCAAGAAGAUCAAGCAAAAGCUGUCGUGACAGACGUCACACAAAAAGAGGAUCGGAUGGCACGUCCACAAGCACUCAACACUGUUGCUAUGCUGAAGAUGGCAAGUACGAGGCUCGGGCUUGGACCCCAACAAGCAUUGCACCUGGCCGAACGCUUGUACCUGGACGGUUACUUGACAUACCCGCGAACUGAAACCAACACCUACCCCAAGAACUUCGAUCUUCAGGGCGCUGUCCGAGCGCAAACUGGUCAUCCCGUGUGGGGCUCCUAUUCGAACGAUCUCCUUUCAGGGGGCCUUGCUCGACCCAGAGAAGGCGUCGACAUGGGAGAUCACCCACCUAUCACACCAGUCCGUGCAGCCACAGAGGGUCAACUUGGAGAUGCAUACCGACUCUACGACAUGAUCACUCGGCACUUUCUGGCCACUGUAAGCCGAGACUGCAAGUUCCAAAAGAUCCGCGUUAACUUCAAUAUCAAUGGAGAAGGCUUUUCAAUCUCCGGCCGCAAAGUGAUUGAUCCUGGCUUUACUGCUAUCCAACGUAGUGGUGAGAUGGAAGAUGUUGUCAUUCCAGACUUUCAGAAAGGAGAGGCUGUUGAUAUCAGGAAGGUCUCUAUGGGAACUGGCAAGACUCGUCCGCCUCCAUACUUGUCAGAGUCUGACUUGCUCUCCCUGAUGGAGAAGCAUGGGAUUGGUACAGAUGCAUCUAUGGCAACUCACAUCAACAACAUUUGCGAGCGGAACUAUGUUCAGCUGGCAGAAGGGCGGCGCCUGAUUCCAACUCAGCUGGGAAUUGCCUUGGUUCAUGGAUACGAGAAGGUUGACAAUGAGCUGGUAAUUCCAAAAGUUCGAGCAAAUAUGGAAGCCAUGUGCACAAAGGUAGCAGAAGGUAGGGCUGAGAAAUGGCGAGUGAUUCAAGAUGGCUUGCGCUUGUUCAAGGAGAAGUUUAUUUACUAUGUCAAGAAUGUCGAUAUAGUCGAUCAGCUCUUCCAAUGCAUCUUCACACCAUUGGAGGCAUCUGGGAGACCUCUUUCAAGAUGUGGUGAUUGUCAAAGGUAUUUGGCAGUGGUCGAUCGCAAGCCAGUUCGGAUGUUCUGCAAGACGUGCAACCGCAUCUUCAAGAUGCCGCAGAAUGGGCAGAUGAAACUGUACAAAGAGUUGAAGUGUCCUCUUGACAACUUUGAGCUAGUCUUCGUGGCAAACAAGGUGGGUAAGAGCUAUCCAAUUUGCCCGAAGUGCUAUGAUACUCCACCUUACGGCGAAAAAGAGGAGCAAGGAAAGCACUGGAACUUGGACCAUCCCAUCUACAAAAAGUAUCGGCCUGCGGUCAUGGACUGCUUCGCUGACCACUGCUCCGGCACGCUUUGCCUUGAUGUAGACUCCGGACCAAAGUGGCAAAUGGAUUGCAAUGUUUGUUUGCAGCAGCUUUCAAUUUUCGAGGACAAGGCGCACAAGAUCAAGGCGACCUCGGACUACUGCGAGGAGUGCUCCUCUGUGCUGUUGGAAGUCGUUUUUAACAAGGGGAAGUCCCCACUUCCCGAUGGCCAGCUGGAGAUGAAGGGGUGCUUGGUUUGCGAUGAAGUCUUCAGCGCGCACGCCGUCUCGAAGACUGGCAAGAACUUCUUCCGACGGAGUCCCGGAAAGGGCAAGGGAAAAGGGAAAGGCAAGAAGGGCAAGGGCAAGGGCAAAGGCAAGAACAAGGGCAUGUCAGAGGAGGACAAGGCAGAGCAACGAGGGAGAGAAAUUGCUCGGCAGAGGAAGUGAGCACGACUUGAGUUUCUCCAAUUCGAAGACCAGGACAGAGGAGGAGUGUGUCUCUUCAGCGAACCCGGACAAGCAACUGAGCUCUCGUGCAGUGACGCCGGAACCCGAGCGGCCCAUUGUGUCGUCGAGGGUGAACCAUCCAAAAGCCAAAGGCAAAAGGCUGCGACCUUCAUGAUUUUGAUUGGAAGUUGUUGACUUUGCCCUUAUGCGUUGGUACAGCAUCUUGGGAUUUUAGACCGUUUCUUUUUUUUGGUAAUACCAACAAGGCAUGGGGGCGGGAAAGACUUCAAUCACAUCUUCUUUCAUUUCCGUGCACCUGGUGAAACGAAAUGGGAAGCAGUUAGCUGCAGUUAGGAUCUUGAUGACACCGC